GUACGGAGCCAGGCGCCUCGGCGGCGCACCGGCAGAAAUGAUGCCGUGCAGAUGUGCACUGGCAGGAUGGUGGAAACAUCGAUCGGCUGCGACUCUCUGCCGGCAGUGAGUGCUGCUUUGAGACCGCGGGAGCGCGCCAUGGCGGCCGACGUUGGAGCAGCUGGGGUGCAGCUGCUGGAUUCACGUGGAGUCGGCAAGGUGCCGACGUUUUCGGGCAAGAGGGAGGACUUCGAGGAUUGGAUCUUCCCGUUCGAGUCCUAUUGCGGUCUGCUGGGCUGGACGGCAGGCCUGGACAGGUCGCGGGAGGCUGAGGAGCCGCUGACUGCGGAUGACCUCGGUGAGCAAGGAGUGCAGGUCGGCAGGAGCUUGUACCACCUGCUGGCGAGCACCACGAAGGGCACGGCGCAGAGCAUCGUCAAGCUCUGCCCGCGAGGCGAUGGCUUCGAGGCGAUGCGGAGGCUGCACAAGGAGUACCGUCCGAGGCUGAAAGAGGAGCACGGCCAGAUGCUCCAGCAGAUCUUGACGCCGCUGCGGUGGAAGGAUCGCGAAGGCAAGGAGCGCUUCACGGAGGUGCUCAUCGCCUGGGACGAGCUGAUCUCGAGGUACGAGCGCGCGACUGGAGAGCAGGCCACGCAAAACAUGAAGACGAGCACGAUCAUGGCCCACGCGCCCGAGGAGGUGAAGGUCAUGCUACGCUCGGCGCAGCGCGAGGUGCGCAGCGACAUCACGCAGAUGAGGAACUGCAUCUUCGAGGCGGUGAUCGGCCAGAGUGGGGUGGUCGCGAAGCCGCCGACAGCGAGCAAGGGGAGCAAUGACAUGGACGUCGACGCGAUCUCCAAGGGCAAGGGCAAGGACGGCAAGGACAGGUGCCAGAUCUGCCACAAGCUGAGCCACACGGCCCGCGACUGCUACUGGCGUGACAAGGGCAAGCAGAAGGGCGACGGAAAAGGUCGAGGAGCAGGAGCGGGAUCCAAGAGCGGAAAGGACGCCAAGGGCAAAGGCAAGGAUGGCUACACGUUCACGGGCAAGUGCGACUAUUGCCACAAGACAGGCCACAAGAAGGCGGACUGCAAGAAGCGGAUCGCCGAUGAAAAGGCCAAGGGUAAUGCGGCUAUCGAGCAGGAGGGCACGGACCCGAAGACGGUGGCCAAGAUAGAGUACGCGGAGUACGAGUGCGAGAUCUGCGACGACGACCAGCUCUACUGCAUGGCGAUGAAGGCGGAGGAUCCCGAGACGGAGUGCUGCGGCAUGGAGCUCGAGGAGACGACCUUCAUCACGCUGGACACGGCGAGCGACUGCCACGUGGGGCCGGUUUGCUUCGGAGAAGGCUGCAGAAGAGGCGAGGAUCGCGGACCGAGGCUACUGGAUGCGCAGCGGAAGGAGAUCAAGAUGGACUCCAUUGCGACGGUGCCGAUGGCGGUUGCCGACGACUGCGAGCAGCCGAGGCUGCUGAAGGCGGACCUCAGGCUGGGUGACACGGUAUCGAAGCCGAUCCUCUCGCUGCUGGAGGUGAUGGACAAGGGUGCCGAGUUCUGGCUGAGCGCGAAGACGGGCAUGUGCAUGUACCCUGGCGGUGACCUCAGCAAGGGCAUCCCGCUCACCAGGAAGAACAACACGUUGGGCUUCAACGCGAAGACCUUCAGGACAGCGACGGAGGCGAAGGAGUUUGCGGCCAGUGUGAACGCGAAUGAGCAGCAGGAGGAGGACAUGCGGGCGAGGCUCAAGGAGAUGGGCCAACCUAUCUACGGCAGGAAGGACGAGCUGUGGGCUAGGCUCAGCGACGCGGAGCGGAGGCUCACGGCACACCACAUGAAGAUGAAGGAGCUGGAGCGCAGGGCGCCGUGGUGCGAAGCCUGCGUGCGAGGGAACGAGACGACCAAGCCACAUAAGACCCUCACAUUUGACCAGAAGGACACUGGGAAGGCGCAGAUCACCUUGGACUUCUGCUACCUGAAGACCAACGGCGACUGGACGGAGAUCGGAGAGUUGGAGCCGCCAGCGGCGGACAUCUUCGCGACGACGCUCGUGAUGGUGGACAGGGACACGCUGAUGUUCAACGCAGUUUCGAUGCCCACCAAGGCGGUCACGGACUACGCAAUAGCCAGCGUGAGCAGCUUCAUCGAGGGCAUGCAUCUCACGACGGCGGACAUCAAGACGGAUGUCGAGCCCACGAUCGUGAAUUUGGUGGAGGAGGUGCGGAAGAAGCUGAACAAGGGCAUCAAGCUGGAGGCGAAGGUGAGGACGUACAAGCUCGACUUGGAGAAGCGCUACGGCAUGAAGAUCACAGCGGACGCACCGAUUUGGUGCUGGCUUACGCGAUACGUUAGCUGGGCUACCUCUACGUACAGACCACGUGCCGAUAGGAGGACAUCCCAUCAGGCAGCCUACGGAGUGACCUACAACGGAGAGACUCCCCCCUUUGGCGAGACGGCUCUCUUCAAGACUCCGAUCUCCCACACGAGGCAGAUCACGACCACGUCGCUGAAGCACAAGGGCGAGUCUAGUUUCGUGAAGGGCAUCUGGAUCGGGAAGCACAAAGAGAGCGACGACCACCUGUUCUUGACGCCAGCGGGCUGGCACCGCGCGAGAACCUGCAGGCCAGAGGAGAAGAGCACGACGGAUGCGGACGUGCCGAUGACGCCCCGAGGGCUGAUCAGACCUGCCGACGCUGAGGACUUCGGCGCACCAGGCAAGCGCGCGAAGCACGUGAACGCGGUCUCGCUCGACGACCCUAUCGACUACAGCAUCCUGGACAGGAUGGGCACAGACUGCUACGUGACGGUCAGCGGACUGGAGCCCGCGGUGGAACUCAAGGGCAAGCGCGAAGCACUAGAGGUGCUGGCGCACUACGGCGUGCACAGGGACAUCCCGAGGAGCGAGAGCGGCGAGUUCAAGAAGAUCAGGGCGCGCUGGGAGCCGCAGAUGCGAGGAGGUGUCUGCAAGUGGCGGUAUGUGGCGCAGGAGUUCAAGUGGAUGGAGCAGCGCGACGACGUGUUCGCAGCGAGUUCGUCAGCACGGACGAGCAGGCUGGUGGACUUCGUCAGCAUCAAGGAGGAGAAUCACGGGACCUUCAUCGCAGACUGCGUGAAGGCGUACUACCAAGCGGACCAGACGGAGAAGGUUUGCGUGGAGCCACUUGCUGAGUAUUUGGCGAUCUUGGCGGAGAUGGGCAAGCCGACCGACAUUGCUUGGGCGCUGGACAAGAUGCUACCUGGGCAGCGUGUGGCAGGCGCUGGCUGGGUAGACAAGGCGGCGAAGACUCCGAAGGGAGAGGGCUUCGACAGGGGCGAGUGCCAGCCGCAGCUUUACUACCACAGGGAGAAGGAGAUCCUGAUCGAGGUGCACAUGGACGACUUCCACGGAGAGGUUCCAAUCGGCAACCUGGACGGGGUCAUCAAACGGCUGCGGGAGGUGUUCGACCUGAAGGCGACGGACGCAAUCAGGCAGGGGCGCUACUCACACUUGAAGCGCGACAGGCUGAGGCUCAUGAACGGCAACAUCAUGCUGAGGCCGAACGCGAAACACAUCGACGACCUGAUCUACGCGAUGGGCAUGGAGAAGGCCAAGCCAGCGAGGGUGCCAAGAGUUGGGAUCGCGCUCUACAUCUCGCCCGACAGAGCGGACAUCCAGCGGGACGUGCAGCUACUGACCAGGAACCUGAGUCAGCCGACGGAGUUUGACAGAAAGCGCUUGGUGAAGCUGGUGCGGUACCUGAAGGGGACCAAGACGUUCGGAGUGCUCUCGGAGAAGCCAACUGGGAGCAAGCCUGGAGAGGUGAGGCUGCAGUUGUUCACGGACACGGACUUUGCGACGUGCAAGGAGACGAGGCGUGCGAUGACCUGUGGGAUCACAAAGCUGGACGGGGUGCACUUCGCAGCGUUUGCGAGGAGGCAAGGAGUUCAGAGUACAUCCUCAGGCGAGGCGGAGUUCUACGGCGCGACCUCGGUGGUGAUGGACGGCAAGCUGGUGAAGAACAUGCUGGAGUGGUUGGGCUACAAGGUGACCUGGGAGCUCGGGAUCGACAGCAGCGCCGCGAAGGCGAUGAUCAACCGCGAGGGCGUCGGCAAGGCGAAGCACCUGGACGUUCGGGCGCUGUGGACCCAGCAGGAGCGGAAGGUGCACGGACUGAUCAUCAAGAAGGAGAGCGGAACCAAGAACGUGGCCGACCUGGGAACCAAAGCGCACACCACAGAGCGGUUCGAGCAUUUGCGGGAGCCCGCCGGCAUCAUCGACUGCAGCGAGAUGGACAAGCACAAGGAACUGGAGGCAUGCUCGGUGGCAACGAGCGCCUGGGCUAAGCAGGGGCUGCUGGCGACGCUACUCGCGCAAGGAGUGAUCGGUGGUGCGACGGCUUCGAGCGAAUGUGCAGUGCGAGAGCUCGACCAGCGUGCAGUUGCCCCCUGGGGGGCGACAAAGCUGCAUGACUGGAUCGAUGACCAUAUGACACUGAUCAUCCUGAGCGUGCUGAUGAUGACCUUCGUGGCAGGUGCACUGCUUGGGUGCUGGAGCUGCGAGAAGUGGACGACGAUGAGGAGCUCCAUGAAGCCGAAGCUGGUCAAGCAUACGGAUACCCCGAUUCGGAGCAAGGAGCUGAUCAACAAGGUAAGGCUCACGGACAAGCCGAUGACAGCGGAGAAGGCGAGUCAAUCGCCGUGCACAUACAAGUGGAAGUACGCGACGCCGAGGCUCAUGGUGCUGCCCGAG